CCCAGGGGCAGCUGGAGGCAGUUGGUGACUGGACCCUGCAAGUUUAGCCAUGGUCCUCAACUUCCUCUCCCCGAGCCUUUCCCGCCUCGGCCUGUGGGCUUCUGUAGUGAUCCUGAUGGUAAUCGUUCUCAAGCUCUUCAGCCUGCUGCUUCGGAGGCAGAAGCUGGCCAGGGCUAUGGACAGUUUCCCAGGGCCCCCUACACACUGGCUUUUUGGUCAUGCCCUUGAGAUCCAGAAGUUAGGGAGCCUGGACAAGGUGGUAUCCUGGGCCCAACAGUUCCCCCAUGCCCACCCACUUUGGUUUGGACAAUUCGUUGGUUUCCUGAACAUCUAUGAGCCCGACUAUGCGAAAGCUGUAUACAGCCGCGGGGAUCCGAAGGCUGCAGAUGUGUAUGACUUCUUCCUCCAGUGGAUCGGGAAAGGCCUACUAGUUCUGGAUGGGCCAAAAUGGUUCCAGCACCGCAAGCUGCUCACACCUGGUUUCCACUAUGAUGUGCUGAAGCCCUAUGUGGCCAUAUUUGCUGAGUCCACACGAAUGAUGCUGGACAAGUGGGAGAAAAAGGCUAGUGAAAAUAAGAGCUUUGACAUCUUCUGUGACGUAGGCCACAUGGCCCUGGACACCCUCAUGAAGUGCACCUUCGGCAAAGGAGACAGCGGCCUAGGCCACAGAGACAACAGCUACUACCUGGCGGUCAGUGACCUCACACUGCUGAUGCAGCAGCGCAUCGACUCCUUCCAGUACCAUAAUGACUUCAUUUACUGGCUCACUCCACAUGGCCGCCGCUUCCUGCGGGCCUGCAAGAUAGCCCAUGACCACACAGAUGAGGUCAUCAGGCAGCGGAAGGCAGCCCUGCAGGAUGAGAAAGAGCAGAAAAAGAUUCAGCAGCGGAGGCACCUGGACUUCCUGGACAUUCUCCUGGGUGCCCGGGAUGAAAGUGGGAUCAAGCUGUCAGAUGCAGACCUCCGGGCUGAAGUGGACACAUUCAUGUUUGAAGGCCAUGACACCACCACUAGUGGUAUCUCUUGGUUUCUCUACUGCAUGGCCCUUUACCCUGAGCACCAGCAGCUAUGUAGGGAGGAGGUCCGUGGGAUCCUAGGAGACAAAGACUGCUUCCAAUGGGAUGAUCUGGCCAAGAUGACCUACCUGACCAUGUGCAUAAAGGAGUGCUUCCGCCUCUACCCACCUGUACCCCAAGUGUACCGCCAGCUCAACAAGCCAGUCACCUUCGUGGAUGGCCGCUCUCUACCUGCAGGCAGCCUGAUCUCUCUGCACAUCUACGCCCUCCACAGGAACAGUACUGUGUGGCCUGAUCCAGAGGUCUUUGACCCACUGCGCUUUUCUCCUGAGAAUGCUGCAGGACGGCAUCCCUUUGCCUUCAUGCCUUUUUCUGCAGGGCCCAGGAAUUGCAUCGGGCAGCAGUUUGCCAUGAACGAGAUGAAGGUGGUCACAGCCCUUUGUUUGCUGCGCUUUGAGUUCUCCCUGGAUCCCUCAAAGAUGCCCAUUAAGGUCCCCCAGCUGAUCUUGCGCUCUAAAAAUGGUAUCCACCUCUUCCUGAAGCCGCUGGCUUCUAGGUCUGGAAAGUAGGUCUUCAGAGAACUAGGCCUGGGCAGCACAAGCCGUGACUCUUCCUGGGAUGUUGCCCUCCUAGAUAGAAUGUGGAGUCAUCAUGGAUCCCUGCCUGUGGGAGGCUUUGGAGGCAAAAGCAUGGACACUGACAGUCUCCUGGAAGACAUUCUCUUGUAAACAUGUGUGUGGAAUGAUUCAAUGCCCAGACUCCAGAACUUAUUUCUUCACUCCACAACAUUUGCUGAACGUUUUGCUGCCUUGAGAAACUUCAUUGAUUUCACAUAGCUACAUUUAUUUAACCAUCUUGGUGUGUAUUUGGAAUAUGAUGGACUUGAGGAAAAUUCUUAAACUAAAUCUGUACAAAAUAAAUAAUACUUUAAAAAGCAAA